AUGACCUUCGCUCAGAAAACCAAUGAAUAUUAUGAAUGGUUGCUAGCUAAGGGGGCAAUCAUAUCUCCAAAAAUAGAGAUCGCCGAUUUACGAAAUAUUGGCCAAGGCAGAGCUGUGGUUGCCAAAGAGGCGAUCGAGGAGGACGAAGAACUCUUCAGACUACCGAGAUCUUUGACUAUCAAUGCUGAGAAUUGUUCGUUGAUACAAGAUAAGGCCUCUCUGGUUGAUGCUUUGCUAGAUUUAGGCCAAUGGCAGGCACUCAUUCUUUCCGUUUUGUAUGAAUGGAAAGUUAAAGGAGCCGACAGCCCUUGGUUUCCAUACUUCAAUGUGCUUCCCGUAAAUGACCACGGAUCUUACAAGUAUAAUCAAUUGUUGUUUUGGAGCGAUGAUGAACUUAAGCUCUUGCAACCUUCUCAAAUUUUAUCUCGUGUUGGAAAGGAAUCGGCGAGGAAAAUGUAUGAAGAUAUGAAAGUAUUGCUAGAGCGUUUUGUUGGAGACGUUAGCGAAGAAGACUUUAAUUCCGUUGCAACCCUAAUCAUGUCUUACUCGUUUGAUGUCAGCAAGCUCAAACAAACAGGUCUGGAAGAAGAGGUUGACGAAGAAGAAGAUCUUGAUGAUCCAGAUGAUUCUGAACCUGUUAGAGACAGUCAUUGUCUAAAAUCCAUGGUACCGCUUGCAGAUACAUUGAAUGCUGACACCCAUGCUCACAAUGCCAGUUUAAUGUAUUCUGAUGAGAACUUGGUUAUGAGAAGCAUUAAGUCCAUAGCCAAAGGUGAACAGGUAUUUAAUAGCUACUCCAAUCACCCAAAUUCUGAAAUACUUCGCCGUUACGGGUACGUUGAGCUAGAUGGUUCUCUUCAUGAUUUCGCGGAGGUACGUUUAUCUGACCUCGGGCAUUAUUUCGGGCAACAAACCGGGGGUUUCGAGAGGAUCAUCAGUUGCUUGAAGGAUAUAGAAGUAGAAGAAGACGAAUCCUUUAUUCUUGACUCUUAUGACUGCUUUCUCUCUGGUGAUGUCAUAUUUGAAUUCAUCUUUGCAGCACAACUAAUUGACGUCAUAUAUAAAGUGGACAAAAAGACAGCGAUUCUCUCGGAGUCCCCAGAUUCGAUUCGCAAAAGCAUUCAACGGAUAUUCAAAAAGUGCUAUCAAUUGUUGGAAGCACGGAAGGUAACGGAUGGCUUCAUGACUGCUUAUGAAGCUAUUCUCUCUUACAGACUAUCCCAAUAUCCGAAUCUAAAUGCAGAUAGUAGUCAAGCCCUUGGAAAUGAGACAUCAAGGGAGCGACAAGCUCAGGUCGUACUCAAGUCAGAAGUUAACUGUCUCAAAGCUUGUUUGGAACGCCCAGCGUUCUUGAGAGGUGAGGAAAAAUACAGUGUGAUACCUGAUCAGAAAUUACUCAAUAAUGUAUUGAAACGGAUUUUAUCGGAGAAUGAUACCAGUCAUUCCUCGAAAAAACACAAAAGCGGGUGA